CGUCGUCGUCGUCGCCGUCGUCGUCGCCGUCGUCGUCGCCGUCGUCGUCGUCGUCGUCGUCGUCGUCGACGUCGCGCUGUGUGUGAAGAAACGACCAACGGGUCGUGCGCGGUCAGCUGUUUGCGCGAGCGUCGUCGCGAGCGAGCACGCACUGUCGUCGGCGCGCAGUGGAACGGCCGUGUUGGAGAGCGGCAAAGAAACGAAACGGAACAGUGCGAGCCGCGGAAGUUCGCGAGACGAGGGGCGGAUCGCCGUCGUGUCUGUGUGUGAGAAAGCGAGAGAAAGAGAAAGAGAAAGAGAGGGAGAGGGAGAGUGUGCCAGGCGGCGUGCAGCGUGCGCGUGCGAGAGCGCGAUCUCAACGGGAAAAUGAUGGCGUAGACCUCGCCGCGCUCCGGAAGCAACGGGACGCGAGGGAGCGAGAGGGAGAACGAGAGACACGAGAGCGAGAGCGAGAGCAGAGGAGGGAAGAACGGGAGAACGAGAGGAGAAACGAGGUAGAAGGAGAAAGAGAGUGACGCGCGCCGCUCGUAGCCGUGGUACGCGUCGCGGUGCUACCGAACGCAGCCGAUCAUCCGCGUUGUCCGUGAGUGAGCGAGUGAGCGAGUGAGCGAGCGAGCGAGCGCGCGUCGUCGCCCACGUCGAUUAGCGUCGUCGGCCGCGAACGAGCGGAGCGCGACGCGCGGAGCGACUCGUCCGCUGGUGAUCGAGACGCGCGCGCGGUGCUGGUGGUGCUGGUGCAGUGUUGGCCCGGGUACGACGACGACGAGGAGGAAGAAACAAGUGGAGAAGAAGGUAGUGCGCGAUUGUAAAGCGCGCGCGCGCGCGCUCUCUCUCUCUCUCUCUCUCGCCCGUCGUCGCCGUCGCCUAUCCUGUUGCAGGCGGCUGUAUCGUCGUGCCGUUUCGUGUUGUUGCAUCGCGUCGCGCCGCGCCGUGUCGUGUCGUGUCGUGCAGAUCGCGUCGUUUGUUUGUUGUGUUUCUCCGCGGAUAUACUCGCGAAGUGGUGCCAACAACGCCAGGUAGCCAGCGGCGUGUGUCUCGACUGCAGCGGGGAAUAUAGUACUACGAUGAUCAGUGACACGUGCGGAUACGUUCUCUGCCUGCUGCUGCUGUCGCUGGUACCCUACAUCGAAAGCGGUGAGUUUCCGCAUCCCCGUGGACUGCAAAAGCCAGGGAACUUGGCACCCGGCCAAGCUCAACGGUUGAACGAGUACAUCCGCCACUACGAAACCCUGUCGUACCCCGUCGAGGACGUCCAGCGAAGUCACCUAAGGGCGAAAAGGUCGAUCGGCCGCGACAGUGCCGUGACUGUGAAGUUCCGCGCGCACAACAAGAACUUCCACAUCCGAUUAAAGCGAGACCUCACCACUUUCAGCAACAAUCUAAUUGUAGAGGGACCCACGGGGGAGAGGCAGGACGACGACAUCACCCACAUUUAUCAGGGCAACCUAAUCGGCGAGCCUAGUAGUCACGUGUUCGGAAGUGUCAGUGAUGGAGUCUUCCACGGGAAGAUAAUAUCACCGAAAAGUGGUGCGUGGUACGUGGAAAAGGCGCAUUACUACUUUCCGCCGCACGAGGUAAACGAGACGCUACAUUCUGUGAUCUAUCACGAGAAUGACGUUGGUGAUCCGUACGCGGACGUUCGACAAGGGGAUUCCGGCGGGUGUGGCAUUACCGACGAAGUGAUAGAAUGGAUGGAGAAGAUACAGAAUUCCGCCGAGCCGGAUCUGCCACUUAAGACAUUCGCGUCGGUGAAUCAGAAGGAGCCGAAACCAAAUGUCGCACCUUGGAACGGGGACCAGGAGAGUCCUGGUCAUAAAUACAGUAGAGAAGCCAAUGAACCUAGUCAUCGCAGACCACGAAGAGCGACUAGGUCGAAGGAGAACAACACCUGCUCGCUCUUCAUACAAACGGAUCCUCUCAUAUGGAGGCAUAUUUCCGAACAGUUACAUCACGACGCGGAGAAAACCAGGGAGGAGAUAUUGUCCUUGAUCGCCCACCACGUCACCGCCGUCAACUACAUCUACAGGGACACGAGAUUCGACGGCAGGAUAGAGCAUAGAAACAUCAAAUUCGAGGUCCAACGAAUAAAGAUCGAUGACGACACGGCCUGCACGCAACAACAGACGUACAACGAGCCGAACCCGUUCUGCAUGGAGAACAUCGACGUCAGCAACUUUCUAAAUCUGCACUCCCUCGGGAAUCACGAGGAUUUCUGCCUAGCCUAUGUCUUCACCUACAGGGAUUUCACCGGAGGCACACUCGGGCUCGCCUGGGUCGCGUCCGCGUCCGGCGCGUCCGGCGGUAUCUGCGAGAAGUACAAGACCUACACCGAGACCGUGGGCGGCAUGUAUCAGUCCACCAAGCGGUCCUUGAACACCGGCAUCAUCACAUUCGUGAAUUACAACAGCCGAGUACCGCCCAAAGUGUCGCAGCUGACUCUGGCGCACGAGAUCGGACAUAAUUUCGGAUCACCGCACGAUUUUCCGCCGGAAUGCAGACCUGGCGGCUUGGACGGCAAUUACAUUAUGUUCGCCUCAGCGACGAGCGGAAAUCGACCGAACAACAGCAAAUUUUCAAAGUGCAGCAUUGGCAAUAUCAGUAACGUUCUAGAUGCUAUCGAGGAUAACAAGAAGAGGAACUGUUUCACCGGGGCGUUUUGCGGGAACAAGAUCGUCGAGGCCGGCGAGGAAUGCGAUUGCGGAUACGAUGACGACGAGUGCACGGACAAGUGCUGUUAUCCCAGGCAGGUGUCCGAUAUGGAUAAAAUCAAAAACGAAACAGCGAAAGGCUGCAAUAGGAAGUACGGGACACAGUGCAGUCCCAGUCAAGGACCUUGCUGUUCGAGCGACACGUGCCAGUUCGUGCCCCUGUCCCAUAAGGUUCAAUGCAAGGCCGAAUCAGACUGCAGUUACAACUCUACCUGCAACGGCAGAUCCUCCGAAUGUCCAGCGCCGCUACCGAGGGCCAAUAAGACCAGAUGUAACGAGGGCACUCAGCUGUGCAUCAACGGCGAGUGUACCGGAUCCAUUUGCCUGGAGUGGAAUCUGACAGAGUGCUUUUUAACGAGCAGCAUCAUACCGAACAUCGACAAGCGAAAGCUCUGCGAAUUAGCCUGUCAAAAUGGCACCGAUGCGUCGACGUGUCGCGGUACGAGCGAGUUUGCGCACAUGGUGGGACUGCCCGAGGGUGGCAUGAGCCUGAGACCCGGCUCGCCCUGCGAUAACUUUCAGGGCUAUUGCGACGUUUUCUUGAAGUGUAGAGCCGUCGACACGGAAGGGCCGCUCGCUAGGCUGAAGAAUCUUUUGUUUAACAAGGAGACCUUAUCAACGGUUGCGCAAUGGGUGACUGAAUUUUGGUGGGCUGUACUGCUGAUGGGCAUAGCUUUCAUCAUAUUUAUGGGACUAUUUAUCAAGUGUUGCGCCGUGCAUAUUCCUUCCACUAAUCCUAAAAAGCCGCCUGCGAGGCGCAUCAGCGACACGUUAACAAGACCGAUGAAUACUCUUAGGAGGAUGCGACACCCGCACGGCGGAGGAGGAGCUGGCCCACGAAGUAUACCUCCGAGACCAAGUCAAGGUGGACACGGGACGCGUGGACCCUCUCAUGGUUACGGAGAGGGUAGAGGUGCUCAGUAUUAUCCAAAAGGCUAUCGCUCGGUUCCCACAGCUAGUGCGCCACCAAAUAGCAGGUCAGCAGACAACUACGGCCGUUCCAACCACCCAGAACUGUACGCCGGCGCCUAUUCGGGCUCCGGGGGAGGGGGGAGGGGCGCAGCCUAUGAGAUGAGGCAUCACAACAAGGUGUGACGACCCUAGGACGUCGUCACGGACGAGGACCACCAGUCGCGGCGUUGCACCACGAGUCGUUGUGUAAAACGAUUGCCAAAUGCGAAGAGAACCGAUCCACCACUCCACGUGAGGAACGCGACGAUGUCUUGUGACCGAGGUCGAAGCAAUAACGACGAGAUACGGCGCGGUGAUACGGCACGAUGGUCGACGUGCGAACAGAUUGAGAGGUCCGGCGGUACGCGCCUUCACCUGAGUUGCGUUCAAUUGACAUCACGACGAAGAGAGCCGCGCGUUACUUGUAGAUACGAAGAAAGUACGCAUCCGUGAUCAAAUCGUGAUCUCUCAUUUUGUAUCGGUUUCGGUAGAUGUGAUUUCAGCUAGGCCAGACACUGCGAACGGCGACCCGGAAGAUCGCGAGUUGGCCGGAGCCAGGAUGUAAUAGAAUAAACAAUAUAUAUCGGGAAUCGUAAGAAUUCCGAAGAUUUUAUAUAUAUAUAAAUAUAUAUAUAUAUAUAUAUAUAUGUAACCUUUUUUAUGUAGCACCAAUAUAUGGUCUCUCGUGUCGUCGUUCCUCGAGAACUCGUCGCAUGAUCAAAUUCUAGAACGCUUCGGGCAACCUUCGCCCUUCGCUAGCGGGGGUGAUAUUGUUAUAUGAUCAAAGUAAUUUAAAUCGAUCCAAUGUGUGAUUCAUUUCGCUUUAGCGACCGCGACAAGCACUGUGCUUGCACAGCGCGCUAAACGCGACGGUGUUGUUAAACCGCGUCGCAUCUUCGCCCUUCGACACUUCGAGCAUUUAAGGCCGAGAUCAUAAACGAUCUUUGCGUGACGACGUCCUCCGUGAUGUAUGUAUCUGUGCAUGUCGCUCCCGAAAGUUAGAGUUCAAGAAGGGGUGUGUGGCUUUGUUCGUUAGAUAUUAAAUGCGAGUUCAGUAGGAGAUCGGCAAUAAGACAAUACGUCCGUACGUGAUGCAUUGUAUAGGCAUAUACGUUAUAAAUGAGUUUUCCAAAGACCUCGUUUUAAUAGUAGUCCGUUUAUAUUGAUAAAACUUGACGCGUAUUGCGCGAAAAAUCGUUUCCCACUCGAAUGUAAUCUUAUUGUCAGAUGGCAGCAUGCAUACACGCCAGUUUAAUUCAAUGACUUGAUGCACCAAACGACUCAUUCGCGUGACGCGCAAAAGAAACGAAAAAAAAAGCUCGAGACUGAUAAUAAAAAAUAUUUCACCGUGCAUACAAUGUUGUUUAUAUGUUCACAGUUUCGAUGACUGAUCUGUAAACGACUUUCUGGAGCGAAAUGGCACUCUACCAUUACCAAACCAUCACAGGUCAUUCGCUUGAUCUCUGUACCAUUGUAGUUUAAUAAUUAACGAUAUGUAUUAUUAUUCUUAUACUAAUUUGUAUUAGCCAAUUGAAGUGAGUGAUGCUAUGCGAGAGAUUAUUACGAGAGAUGUAAGAGCAGCAACAACAAAAUGUAAUGCGUUUCUGUAGCGAUAUUCCAUUAACUAUUACACAUGAACGAAGAUGAUAUUGAUUAUUACUAAGAGUAUGCUUAUUAAUACUAUUAUUAUUAUUACAUUAAUAUUAUUAAUUAGUUAUGUCCUGCAGAUGAUAAUUUAUCUUUGCGAAUGUUAUAUUUAAUUAAAUACGAGUUUUAACAUGCUAUUAAGUCGGGGGCUGCACCGUAAACGCGCGACUAUGCGUAUAGCGGACCAAAGACGAGCCCUCUUAUCGAGAAAGAGAGAGAGAGAGAGAGAGAGAGAGAGACGUGACAUGUUUUAUAUAUAUAUAUAUAUAUACACAUGGGCUCACAUAUACACAGCUGCAUACUCGUAAGCGAUAAACACGAGAUCGGUUUUCAUCCUCGUGAUGAAUCGUAUCUGGUGCUGUUAAACCAUUGUCGAUACGAUCAAUGUGCACUUCCCUUCUCCGAAACGCCAAAUCUGAUGCAAAUAUGGAAAAAAAAAAAGAAAAAGAAGAAGAAGAGAAGAAAAAAAGAAAAAGAAGAAGACGGAGAAGAAGAAGAGCAAGAAGAGAAGAAAUGCGCCAACGUCGAGAUCUGUGUUCGAUCUUGUUCGGAUUGUCUUAUCAAUGUGACGGCGGAUGAUAACGCAAAAAUGUGAGAGAAGCACAUUCAAGUUAGCAGUAACAUCAAAUCCGAGAUCCAAAGUCUCAGAGAAUAAUUGCACGAACGCGUGCUCGUUGAAAUUAGAUUUAUUUUCUUGUGACCCAUUGUAACUCGUUCUUAUGACUGUUAGUAAACACUUGUCACUUUUA